CGCCGCGCGGGUAGUGGUGGAGCGGCGGCUCCGCAUCCCGCAUCGCUGCCGGUGCGCAGGGGGCCGCCCGCAUGGUGGACAUCCUCCUCCCGCGGCCGCUCCCGGGCGCCAUGGGGGAGCCCUCCAAGAGGCGGCCGGGGCUGGCCCUGUGCGCGGGCUGCGGGGGCCGCAUCCAGGACCCCUUCCUGCUGCGGGUGUCGCCGGACCUGGAGUGGCACGUCGCCUGCCUCAAGUGCGCCGAGUGCGGGCAGCCCCUGGACGAGACCUGCACAUGCUUCCUGCGUGACGGCAAGGCCUACUGCAAACGGGAUUACAGCAGGCUCUUCGGCAUCAAGUGCGCCCAGUGCCGGGCGGCGUUCAGCAGCAGCGACCUGGUGAUGCGCGCCCGCGACCACGUCUACCACCUGGAGUGCUUCCGCUGCGCCGCCUGCGGCCGCCAGCUCCUGCCCGGAGAUCAGUUCUGCCUGCGGGAGCGCGACCUGCUCUGCCGCGCCGACCACGGGCCGCCCCCCGACGGCGCCGCCGCCCGCGGACCGCGCAGCCCCGCGCUGCCGCCGGCCGCCGCCGCGCACCUCGCAGAGCCGGUGCCCGGGCGGCCGCCCGCCCCGCGGCCGCCGGCGCACAAGGCGGCGGAGAAGACCACCCGCGUGCGGACGGUGCUGAACGAGAAGCAGCUGCACACGCUGCGGACCUGCUACGCCGCCAACCCGCGCCCCGACGCCCUGAUGAAGGAGCAGCUUGUGGAAAUGACGGGGCUCAGUCCCCGCGUCAUCCGCGUCUGGUUCCAGAACAAGCGCUGCAAGGACAAGAAAAAGUCCAUUCUCAUGAAGCAGCUCCAGCAGCAGCAGCACAGCGACAAGACGAGCCUGCAGGGCCUCACCGGGACUCCGCUCGUGGCCGGCAGCCCCAUCCGCCACGAGAGCGCCGUGCAGGGCAGCGCCGUGGAGGUCCAGACCUACCAGCCGCCCUGGAAGGCGCUCAGCGAGUUCGCCCUGCAGAGCGACCUGGAGCAGCCCGCCGCCUUCCAGCAGCUGGUGUCCUUCUCCGAGUCCGGCUCCUUGGGCACCUCCUCCGGCAGCGACGUGACCUCGCUGUCCUCCCAGCUCCCCGACACCCCCAACAGCAUGGUACCCAGCCCGGCCGAGACGUGAAGCGGCCCGUCUGCCCCGCCGCGGGACCUCCGCAUGCCUGCGCUCCCUGCAUGAGACACCCGGCCCCGGGCCGCUCCCAGAGCGCCGGACAAACGCCUUUGUUUUUUAAUUAUUCUUAUUUAAAAACAAACAAAAAUAUGUUACUGUCGGCCAAAAAAGCACCGGGAUCCUCGCUGCCUUCACCAGACCGGAGAGAGAGCCCCCGCCCUGUUUUUUUCGUGUUUUUUUUUUUUUUUUUUUUUUUUUUUUUUUUUUUUUUUUUUAAUUUUUGCCCUGCGGAUUUUGGUGUUUCUUUUCCCCAAAGAAACUCGGAUUUCCCCGCCGAAGCCCGGCACAGUGACAGGCUUCCUCGCCCGCCGUUUGCGCUGGGGACGGUUUUUCUUUCCUUUUUGAAAGGAAAAACUAAAUAAUAAAAAAAAUAUACAAAAUGGGGAGAGACUCCUCCGGCGUGCGGCCGCGGAGCUGGCCUGGACCUUCCUCCGCGGAGCCGCGCCGUCCAGCCUCAUCUCACACCGAUGCCUCUCUCGGGCCACGAUGCCCGGCCCCGCACGAUCGCUGGAAAAACGGGACACGGAAACGAGACUUUUUAACGGGAAAACCAGUACUAAUAAUGUUAAGUUAUCAAUGGACGAAGGACGGAUUGUUUGCGCCUUUAACGAUCAAAAGUAAGUUAUUGUUAUUUAUUGUCAGAGACAGCGGUUGAAUAGUGGGAUUAAAUAUUUUGGACUUAAUAAAAAAAAAAAGAAAAGAAAAAUUGAUUUAAACGAAAAAAACAAAAACGAAGUAAAAAAAGUUGCGGAAGGGCGGCGAAGGGGCACCCCAGGCGCGGAGCGGCGCGGCCAUACGGAUCGGGAGCGGAACAGAGCGGGUCGGGAUGGGCACAGCCCCGGCUUCUCCCGCACGGCCUCACCGCACCGCGCUAAUCGGCUUUCAGAACCGGGGCCGCUUAUUUAUAGCUGGGGAGGCGGAGCGCAGGUUUCCCUUUCGGAGUAGCCCCCAGGCUCGCCCGGCCGUGCCGCACCUGCCACGGUGCGGGGCCGCCUCGCCUCCUCCUGGGGGGGUAGCGGGGCUGGGCGGCGGGGCUCCCCCGGGGCGGCGAGGCGAGCCCUACCUUCCCGCGUCUCCAUCCCCCCGUCCAGACCCAGGCGGCGACUCCUUAUCUGCCUCUGGCAUCACCUGGGAGCGCGGCAGGGCCGCUCCAGCUCCCGCGCUCUCCCCCUUACCCGCGCGGCGUUGCUCAGGACCAGCUCCCCGUGGGAUCGCAGGCACGGCCAAGCUCAAGCCACGGCGAGCCGCUCCCUG